ACAUUGUGCGGAAGUUGCGCGAGCUGUGUGAGGCCGCUAGCUGCUACUGCUCUAAAAACAACUAAAACAUUUCCAUAGACAUCCGCAAGUAAACAUCAGACAAAUUAUCACAGGGAUAUGGAUGAAGACGUGCUGACGACUCUCAAACUAUUGAUAAUCGGUGAAAGUGGAGUCGGUAAAUCCAGUCUUCUUCUGAGGUUCACAGAUGACACUUUUGACCCCGAACAGUCUGCCACAAUAGGUGUGGACUUUAAAGUAAAGACUAUUGCUAUAGAUGGAAACAGAGCAAAACUCGCUAUAUGGGACACAGCGGGACAGGAGAGAUUUCGAACCCUGACACCCAGUUACUACCGUGGAGCACAGGGUGUCAUUUUAGUGUAUGAUGUCACCAAGCGGGACACUUUUACAAAACUUGACAAUUGGUUGAAUGAGCUAGAGACCUACACGACACGGAAUGACAUUGUGAAAAUGCUUGUUGGGAACAAAAUUGACAGAGAAGAUCAUGAAGUUGACAGAAAUGAAGGUUUGAAAUUUGCAAGAAAACACUCCAUGCUGUUUAUUGAGGCCAGUGCAAAAACCAAAGACGGAGUCCAGUGUGCCUUUGAGGAGCUGGUGGAGAAGAUCCUGCAGACUCCAGGCCUGUGGGAGAGUGACCAUCAGGGUCAGAAGGUGACUCUGGGGGCGCAGGAACAGAAUCGGGGUGGGGCAUGUGGAGGCUACUGCUCCAUACCAUGAACAGGACCUCAGUGUAUCCAUCUGACCCAAUGGCUACAGACCACAGACAGACACUACUGUUAAGAUUUAACUUCUGUUGGCAGAGUGGACUUUGCUGUUUGCACACAUCUCUUAAGCCACCAUCAGUUCACUACUUUCUUUAAAAAAAACAUGAAUGAAAGCAUCGUGAAAAGUAGAACCCUUUUUGAAAGAAAGGAGAUAUAGUAUUUGACCUAACGAACCCUGAAUGUGCAUCUGGAUUGAAUUAAUCAUUUUGGUAAGCGAGAUCCAGCUGUACAUGAUCAAAUCAGGUUAAUGGAGUAGUGCCUAUAACUUGAACCAGUUUGUUGGUUACAGCACAUGCGUAGCUUGUCAAAUUGUAUUGUCGAUGAUCAGUCAUAAUCAGAACAGAUGUCUCUUAAAUCCAGUGCUUCCAGGCGCAAGUUCUGGUUUUGCUUUAUUUUAAAAUCCGCCACUCUAUGUAACUAAGUAUAACCAGUACACUUUGUUCACUUAAUGUAUAAAGCUUCUUUAUUAGGGCUGAUGGUAAAACAGACCAUGUGGAUUUCAUGUGAAGGAUCACUGUGAAUAUCCCCAAAGAAGUUAACUGAUUCAAAUAUUUUCUUUUAUUUAAUCUUUAAAAUUAUUAUUACUUAUACAGGAGUUUUUUUAGGUUGAGCAUUUGAUAAGUUACAAUGGUGGCGGUGUUUACAGUUCAGUAUGUAGAUUUUGAAGAUAAUACAUUUCCUGUUAGUUCCUCUACCAGUGUACUCAAACAUAAUGGUCUGAGGACAUUCCUUAGCAUUUCUAUAUCUUUAAUAUGCAAUUGUUUUAUGUGUUGCUCUCGUUCUCUUUCUGAUGCCCUUAUCACUAACCUUGGCCAUUUUAUCCUUGUUUUUUGAUGUGCAUCUGUCUGCGUCAUUUUAAGCAAUAGUUAAAAAUGAAAUCUGCCUUAAUGUAAACUGACUUCAAUUCCUAUUUUGUGUUUUGUUGCAAUCUGAAAUAAAGGACAACCUCAAUCUGUCA